UUUCCUUAUCACAUUGACCCAGCCCUAACUGUUAACCAUAAUUUAAAAGUGAAAGGACAGAUCAAACUGAAAGUAAAUGUUCGUCCGCCGCCAUUUUACGAACAUGAUCGUCCGUCAGCACCAAAUUAUUUUUACGACAAUUUAUAGUAGACAUGAUUAAUUGUCUAUAUUUAAAGAUGUUCCUGUUUAACUGUCUUUUACUCUCAGUACUGCUGAUGAUCGCUGAUGGGUUUACAGUGAAGGGUUCUUCAGGUCCUCUGGUUGUUCCUCUGGGAGGUUCAGUGGUUCUGCCCUGUUCUGUUGAUUCACUCUUAACACUGAAAGAUCUGGAGGUGGAAUGGAGAAGAUCAGAUUCACAGACUCUCAUUCAUCUGUAUCAAGAUGAAGAUAUCAGACCAGAGGCUCAACAUCAGGAUUAUCAUGAUAGAGCUCAUUUCUUCACUGAAGACAUUAAACAUGGAAACUUCUCCCUCCUGUUGAACAAUCUGACAGCUGAAGAUGAGGGACAAUACACAUGUAAAGUUUACUCUGGACAAGAGUCUGGAGAAACUGUGGUGGAAAUUAAAGAUGUUGAGCGUUUGAUAGUAUCAGGUUCAAGUCGCUCUAUAUCUGCAUCUGUGGGUGGUGACGUCACUUUAAGUUGCUCUGUGGACUCUCACAUCAAACCUGAAGAGAUUGAAGAGGUUUCAUGGAAGAAAACAAAUAAAAAAGAAGAAAUCACAGUUCUGCUUUAUCAAUACAAUGAAACUUUACCAGACGCAUCAGAUGAGCGAUAUGGAGACAGAGUUGAGUUCUUCACUGAUGAAAUCCACAGAGGAAACUUCUCUCUCAGACUGAAGAGAGUCAGAACUGAAGAUAAAGGAGUUUACAUCUGUCAAGUGUUUACUGGACGACUUUCAGCAAACACAACCGUGAUACUGCAACAAACGGGUUUCUCGGCUUUACAUGCAAUGGUGUUGAUUCUCUGUAUGGCUGCAUGUGGAUCUGCUGUUAUACUUUUCUGUCUCAUCUACUGUAGAUCAGACAAAGAAGAGUUUGUUGCGGAUCAUUCUGAUUGGAGAUUUCAUGAUCUGGGAGAUUCAAUGGAUCUGCCCUGUUAUGUUGAUCCAAGUUUACUGCCUGAUAGUCUUAGGGUGGAAUGGAGAAGAUCAGACUCACAGACUCUUGUUCAUCUGUAUGAAGAUGGAAAUAUUAGACCAGAGGCUCAACAUCAGGAUUAUCAUGGUAGAGCUAAUUUCUUCACUGAAGACAUUAAACAUGGAAACCUCUCACUCAAGUUAAAGGAUCUGAGAGAAGAAGAUAAAGGGAUUUACACAUGUACAGUUUACAGUGGACAGAGAUCUGUGUUUUCCAUCAGCACAAAACUAGUACUUGUUUUUUAUAUAAAUGAAGAUUUUGUUGCUCUGGGAGAUUCAGUGGUCCUGCCGUGUUCCAUUGAUAAAGAGUUAAUAAAGAAAAAUCUGAAGGUGGAAUGGAGAAGAUCAGACUUAGAGACUCUUGUUCAUCUGUAUGAAGAUGGAAAUAUUAAACCAGAGGCUCAGCAUCAGGAUUAUCAUAAAAGAGCUAAUUUCUCCAAGGAGAAGAUUAAAAAUGGAGACUUCUCCCUUCAGUUGAAGAAAGUGAGAGCUGAAGAUAAAGGAGAAUACACAUGUAAAGUUUACAGUGAGGACGAUUCAACAUUGUCAUUCAACAGCAUUUUAGAGCUGGGACUUGAUGUGGAUUACACUGUGGUUCCUCUGGGAGGUUCAGUGGUUCUGCCCUGUAUUGAUGAUUCACUCUUACCACUGGGGGAUCUGAAGGUGGAAUGGAGAAGAUCAGACUCACAGACUCUCAUUCAUCUGUAUGAAGAUGAAGAUAUCAGACCAGAGGCUCAACAUCAAGAUUAUCAUGAUAGAGCUCAUUUCUUCACUGAAGACAUUAAACAUGGAAACUUCUCACUCCUGUUGAACAAUCUGACAGCUGAAGAUGAGGGAGAAUACACAUGUGAAGUUUACAGUGAGGAAGAGUCACUGCUUUCAGAAAGCACAAAUUUGAAACUGAGAUUACUGCAUGCAGUUCUUCGUCUCCAGGUGUUUCUGGUCUUUUGUCCAAACGUCAUCAUGUUCUUAGCUUUUGUCUUCUGGGGUGUUUCUGAAGGAUCUAUGAAUGAGACGAUCUUCUGCUGUGCUCUUUAUAUUCUCAGACCUCUUAUGUUACUUUUUGCUGCUCCAUAUUUAAAUCAGUUUACAGGCAAAAUUGAAACACUUAUGAAUUGGAGUUUUGAAAUGAACUAUAUUUUUUUCACAACUGUUGUUUAUUCAGUGUUUUUCAAAACAGCCUGGGAGAAAAGUCUGAAUUAUACUGCUUCAGAGAGAGUCAUGAUCUUGGUCCUCUUUGUAGUAGUGCUUCUGUUAUGUGUCUUAUAUAUCAUUAACGUGUUGGCAAAGAUGAGUGGGAAAUUAAGUGAACGGAUAGAAACUAUAUUCAAUGUUCUGGCUGGUAUAAUCAUUGAUGUUCUGCCUUCAUUACAAUUCAUCCUUCUGUUCUACACGUUUGGAUCAGCCAAAGGAGGUUUCUUCAUUGUUGCAAUUUUACCUGUGAUAACAACAGUGACCAGAUAUGACUGGAAUGAUUUUUGUGGAGCUGAUAUGGGCUGUUCUCCUUUGGUCAUGAGAUUGGUGUGGUUCAUUUUAUUAUUAUUUAUGAAUGCAGUACUCAUCUAUUUCUACAACAUAGCACUGGAAAAUGAAAACGAUCGUGUUGGAUGGGCGUGUAUGAUUGGAUUUCUUCAAGUGUUAUGGACAGUUUGGAAUUGUUUACGGUCAUUUGAAGAUUGGGGAUACACCCGUAUCACUGCUGUGUAUCUGUUUGGAUCAGUCGGUAUUGUUUUAAUCAGCGCUGUUUCACUGAUGAUUGAACUGAUACUGAAAACAGUGAAUGGUGAAGGUUUAUUUGGGGAUCUGAGAAUCGCUGUGUUUUCCUCUGAAAGUCUCUUUGCUGCAUCUGUGCUGAUGUUACCGCUGCUUGCACCAUGGAUCAAAAAGGAUCUGCAGUGUUGUCCGAAUCCAAUAAAGUGUAAAAAAGCUGGAUCAGUUCAGAAUCAGUGUUCACAGACUGCAGUUGCAUCUGAUGAAACUCAAGCCACUGGAUCAAGCCAGAAGGAAGGAGAAUCUCAUGAAAUGAAACCACUACUGAAUACACAAGAGUCUGAUAGAAACACAGAAAGAGAUAAAAGUCAGCCUGAUUCAAUAAGAUCACAACCAUAAAGAACAAUAAGAGAAGAUCAUUUCAGAUUCAUCACAAAGACUCUUGAGCAUUUAAAACAUCACAUGAACUGCGAACUGGUUGUGCUUCAUUUUCUACUGCAGAUGUGUUUGUAGUUUACUUGUAUGACAACACUUUUGCUUUAUAUUUAUGUAAUGUGUAUUUGAUUUUAAGAUAAAUUGUUUUUAACGAAAGUAUAAAUUAAUCUGUGACUUUCUUUUGGGUUUUGACUUUCUGCUGUGACUUUUAUAAAGACAGAGACCAACAUCUGUGUCAUAAUUUUGUUUUUAAAAGACAUUCCAGUCCAUCUUACUUUAUUCACUUCAAGGUUUUGACACACUAUGUUUGUAUGACUAGAGUUGUAAUUGUUUGAUUUUUAUUUUGGAAAAAAUAAAUCUUUAUUAAGCAUUUAAACAUUUUAAGGUUGUAUUGAAAUGGCUGCCAAUACUUAAUGCCAUUUAGUGAUACAACAACCAAAAAUAUAUAAAAAACUACAAUUUUUUCUGCAGUAUUUGCUGUCAGGUAUAUUUUAUUUUACUACUUUGCUUUCUUAAUACAGUGACUGUGGUUGGUCAGUCACGACAUUCAGUGAUGAAAUAUUUGUAAAUAAUAAUUGUACAGAUGAGUUUAUGUUGAUAUUUGAUCACUUAUCCAUAUGCUGUAAUCUUUUCUAAGUAAUUGUGUGUUUAAAGGAUGUUCUGUCUGUUGUAAAAGGUCAUUAUUUUAUUUUAUUUCUAAGUAAAACUGACUUGAAUGUCGAGACAACAACAGUCAGGAAGCUGUUAAAGAAAUGCAGAAAAAUAUUUAAUGUUAAAGAUAAAAAAACAACAACAUUAAAUAAACAUUGACAAUGUUGUCACAAAUCCUUUGUAC